UGCCCUUUUCUAACAGAAUGGACCAUUCCGCACCCCCUCAGCAAGUACAAGUGGUUUCCUCUGUAACCCGGUAGAUGUUUCGUUCUGACUGAAGUACUUCCUUUCCUGUGACAGUCAGCAAUCGAAGAUGGCAAAGAUCAAGGCCCGAGAUCUGCGCGGCAAGAAGAAGGAGGAACUUCUGAAGCAGCUGGAUGACCUGAAAGUGGAGCUGUCUCAACUGCGUGUUGCCAAGGUCACCGGAGGAGCUGCAUCCAAGUUAUCCAAGAUCCGUGUGGUCCGCAAGUCCAUCGCCAGAGUACUGACUGUCAUCAACCAGACUCAAAAAGAGAACCUGAGGAAAUUCUACAAGGGCAAGAAAUACAAGCCCCUGGACCUGAGGCCCAAGAAGACCCGCGCUCUUCGCCGGCGGUUGAACAAGCACGAAGAGAGUCUAAAGACCAAGAAAAUGCAGAGGAAGCAACGACUCUACCCCAUCCGCAAGUUUGCCGUUAAGGCAUAAAGCUGUUUUCGCAGUGCAAAUAAAGACCUAAAAUUGUUGAAAAAAAAAAAAAAACUGUUUUUAUUUUUUCAAAGUGCUGGCAUAGAGGAGGCAGAGGAAGUCUCUCUUUAGGGUGUAAGGUUAUCACUUCUGAAAUUGUCCAGGGUCUGCUGUUUCUGUAGAUCAUAGGCCACGUAGGCUCGUCCUGAACAGGUUCCUGGAUGUCUUGUGCCACAAAUGUGCAGUGAAAGCUGGUGCUUUAACCUUAUUUGGUGCCAGAAAAAUCAAAGUAAUUGAGCGUUGAGCUGUAAAAUUCAAAAUUCUCACCCCCUAAACUAAAAUUUGGUUCCACAGCUUUUAAAACGCCACAAAUCAUGCAGAAAGGAAAUCUUGGAAAGCCUCUGUACCUGGUUUGUUUCUUGUGGUGAUUUAUGCGUUUGGGGAAAAAAAGUGACAAAACGAGGCAUACUCUGCAAGUUCCCCACUGGAAGGGUUUCCAGUGUCCUUAUUUCUAAGCAACAAGAUAAUUUUCAUUUGCAUUUGGGAUUCCCCUUAAACAGUUCUGAUGUAAUACAGACAGGAUUUCCACUCUUUCAGUAUUGCCUUUCCACACAAGCCUCUGGGGUUUCUAAUUGCUGGCUCACUGAGGCAGCAGUCAUCUGAUUUUCCACUUUUUCAGCCCAACCCCACCUCAGCCUGAAGACUUUGGCCUAUACGCCUUGUGUUUCAGGUCCAAUAAAGAUAGAUUGUAUGCAGUGAA